UAUCCUCCGCUAUCACAUCACUGCGAGUGCCGCUUCACAACAACAACAACAGCUAUUCGAUUUACAGGAAAAUCCUCAUAAAUAUCAAGAACAAUAUUUAAUAGCUGUAAAAUAGUAUUAAUCAAAAGAUUUCAGGAGCAUUACAUUCUUGUUUCGACGAUCAGCCGCCAUUUGCUUGAGUUUAGGCCUUUGCGCUAUCAUAUUCUGCUUUAAUAUAUCUUAUGUUUAAAUAGUCAGAUAAUAUAGCCCAUCGAACAAGAUCAUGACGGACGCAGUGUCUGAGUGUAAUAUUAAAGUGCUCUGUCGCUUCAGGCCCUUGAAUCAGGCCGAGGUCCUGCGCGGGGACAAAUUUCUACCCACAUUUCAAGGAGACGACACCGUCAUCAUCGGAGGUAAAUCUUUUGUGUUUGAUCGUGUGUUUCCCACCAACACCACCCAAGAGCAAGUGUACAACACCUGUGCUAAGCAGAUCGUCAAAGAUGUGCUGGGAGGUUAUAAUGGCACAAUCUUUGCAUAUGGACAGACCUCUUCUGGAAAGACCCAUACCAUGGAGGGCAGCCUCCAUGACCCACAGCAGAUGGGCAUCAUUCCCCGCAUCGCUGAAGAUAUCUUCAACCACAUCUUCUCCAUGGAUGAAAAUCUGGAGUUCCAUAUCAAGGUCUCCUACUUUGAGAUCUACAUGGAGAAAAUCCGAGAUCUUCUGGAUGUCACUAAGACCAACCUGUCUGUGCAUGAGGAUAAGAACCGCGUCCCAUAUGUGAAGGGCUGCACCGAGCGCUUUGUGUCGAGUCCUGAGGAGGUCAUGGAUGUCAUCGAUGAAGGAAAGUCCAAUCGACACGUCGCUGUCACUAAUAUGAAUGAGCACAGCUCUCGCAGUCACAGCAUCUUCCUGAUCAACAUCAAACAGGAGCAUGUGGAGACGGAGCAGAAACUCUGUGGAAAACUGUACCUGGUGGAUCUGGCUGGCAGUGAGAAGGUGAGUAAGACUGGUGCAGCUGGAGCUGUUCUGGAUGAAGCUAAAAACAUCAAUAAGUCUCUGUCUGCGCUCGGCAAUGUCAUCUCUGGACUCGCUGAAGGAACUAAGACCCACGUGCCAUAUCGUGACAGUAAGAUGACCAGGAUUCUGCAGGAUUCUCUGGGGGGAAACUGCAGGACCACUAUGUUCAUCUGCUGCUCCCCCUCCAGCUAUAAUGAUGCCGAGACCAAAUCCACACUCAUGUUCGGACAGCGUGCUAAGACAAUCAAGAACACUGCCUCUAUUAACCUGGAGCUGACAGCAGAGCAGUGGAAAAGGAAGUAUGAGAAGGAGAAGGAGAAGAACAAGAGCUUUAGGGACACCAUCCAGAAGCUGGAGCUGGAGCUGAAGCGCUGGCGUAGUGGAGAGAAGGUUCCAGAGACAGAGCAAACUGAUGCAGCUGAUGCAGAUCUGGUGAAGCUGGACGGCAGUGAUGAUGUAUCUCUGGAUAAUGAGAGAUCAUCUGAGUGUCAGCAUGACAGAGAGAGAGAGUCUGACUCGACUUCUAUUGUGGUGCGAAUCUCUGAAGAAGAGAGGCAGAAAUAUGAAGAAGAAAUACGCAAACUCUACAGACAGCUGGAUGAUAAGGAUGAUGAAAUUAAUCUUCAUUGUCAGCUGGUGGAGAAGUUGAAGGAGCAGAUCUUGGAUCAGGAUGAGCUGUUGGCGUCCACAAGUGGCGAUAGUGAUAAGGUGCAGACGGAGCUCGGUCACUUGCAUACAGAGAGUGAGAGUGCUAAAGCAGAGGUGCGUGAAGUGCUGCAGGCACUGGAGGAGCUGGCGGUGAACUACGAUCAAAAGAGUCAGGAGGUGGAGGAGAAGAGUUUCCACAACAAACAGCUCGCAGAGCAGCUCAGCCAUAAGAUGGCCAGUCUGAUGGAGCUGGAGGCGGAGCUUGCACAGAUGCAGGAAUUGAGCUCACAGCAGAGGAAGCGCAUCGCUGAUGUAUUGAAUGAGCUGAUGAAGGACCUCAGCGAGUUCAGCACCAUCGUGGGCAAUGGAGAAAUUAAAUUACCGGUGGAGAUCAGUGGUGCGAUCGAGGAGGAGUUCACCGUUGCACGUCUCUACAUUAGUAAGAUCAAGUCGGAGGUGAAGUCGAUGGUAAAGCGUUGCAGGCAGCUGGAGAGCAUGCAGCUCGAGUGUCAUCGCAAGAUGGAGGAGACCAGCCGAGAGUUGUCCUCCUGUCAGCUGCUCAUCUCACAGCACGAGGCAAAGAUCCGCUCUCUCACAGAUUACAUGCAGAAUGUGGAGCAGAAAAAGAGACAUUUAGAGGACAAUUAUGAUGCUCUCAGUGAAGAACUUUACUUGCUGCAGAACUCAGAGAGUCAUGGGACAGAUGUGGAUGGAGGAGAAAAGGCAGACAGAGAGGCUGAUGGGAAGAAGGCCACUGGUCAUCCUUCAGUGCAUGCUGAGUCUCGACAGAUGCAGCUUAGUCACCUACGUGAUGAAAUUAAUGAGAAACAGCGACUCAUCGACGAGCUUACUGAUAAGAAUCAGGCUCUGGAGUUGGAGUUAGCUCACGUCAGGUCCAGUUUCAGUAAUCUGAGGAGACAGGACAACACCAAGAACGCAUGUCUGGAGCAACUGUCCUUUCAGCAGGAAAAGCAAGAGCAGUCGAAACAGGACCUCAAGGGUCUGGAGGAGACCGUUGCCCGUGAACUCCAGACCCUCCACAACCUGCGCAAGCUGUUCGUUCAAGACCUCACGACUCGGGUUAAAAAAAGUACAGAAAUUGGACCUGAUGAUAGUGGGGGGUCUAACACCCAGAAACAGAAGAUUUCCUUUCUUGAGAACAACCUGGAUCAGCUUACAAAGGUCCAUAAACAGCUGGUACGUGAUAAUGCAGAUUUGCGCUGUGAACUUCCAAAGUUGGAGAAACGUCUUCGUUCUACGGCUGAGCGUGUUCGGGCGCUGGAGACAGCACUGAAAGACGCUAAGCAAGGUGCGAUGAACGACCGCCGCCACUACCAGCAAGAGGUGGAGCGCAUCCGUGACGCCAUGCGUCUGCGUUAUCCUCUGCGUCGUCCCAAUGCUGCGCAAAUUGCUAAGCCCGUGAGACCUGGACACUCUGUUGCAGCAACAUCACCCAUCAGUCUCUUGUCCACACGUGCAAGUAAACCCGUCACCUCCUAUAGCAACGCACUGUUCCAGCAGGAGGAGAAACCCACUCUCCAAAAAGCCAACACAGUCGGCUACAGCACUGUGAGAUCAACAGAUAUACUGACCUCCUGUCCGCUCGACGUGGAGAAUGGAAACAGCACAGAUAUUAAUGAUAACAGGAGUGAAGUUCAGUGUGGCAGUGUGCUGGAUGAUGCUUCACAAAUCUACAUCAUGCAACAGCAGACUGCAGCCAGUUAAUCAUUCAUUACAGAUGUUCCAGUUCUCUGCAUGCAGCCAUUCAGUCCUUCCCAUCUUCAUUCCCACAAUCUUUUGCUCUGUACUGUCUUAUAUUGUAAAGAAUACUCUGUCUUUCUCCAUUCAUGUCAUGUAUUCUGUCUCGUGUAGCUCACUGUUGCAUGUUGGUCCUGUUUAGUAAGAAAAUGGCACAUAGAUAUUUGAAUACAUCUAUACUGCUUGCAUUAGAAUGCAGGAGAGUGCUAUAAACAAUUUCUCUUUAGUCUUUGAAAGGCUGAGCCUUAAAAUCAAACUGUUCAUCAUUGUGUACACAAUUACACACUUCUAGAUUCACAUACAACACAGAAUAUGCCAUAGUGUAGCUUUUGAUACAUAUUAUAAGUACUGACUACCUCCAGUGUGCAUAAACCAAUUGACAUGGUAUUUAAUUUGCAUUGUGUAUAUGUUUACACAGAAACAAUGAAUGAGGAUGAUAUUGUUUGUGAUAUAUCAACAAUACAUAUCAUAGAGAGGUUAGUAAUGAACUACAGUUGCUGGAGUUAUAAAAUGUCCCAAAUUCUUUUCUGCUGAAAGCUCUGACCAUUCACAGCUGUGAAUUCUCUAACAAGAUCCUGAUCAGCCAAUCAGGAUGAGAGAAUCACAAGUGUUGGUGGUCUGUAGUGCUGCUUCUCUGGAGAGUCUCUGGCAUGAAUACGUGAAUACAUUUCCUCCUCUUCUCAAUUUUUAUUCAGACUGACACAGAUUAAUUUGUAUAUUUAGCAAGACAAUGCCUGAGACUGUAUAAAUUGCAUUAUUAUGAUGAAGUUUAAUCACAUGUUUAGUUGGCACCAAAAUGUAUGUUAUUCACUCGUUCCCUAACACAAACCAGUACUGUCAUGAUUAGAAGAGAAAAUACUUGGAUACCAGAUAAAGAGAGUGUGUGCAAUAGCUGAUGUACCCAAGAUACUGUAUCUUCAUUCAAGGCUGUUUUAUGUUAUUUGUACAGUUUGCUGGAUGCCCGUUCAAAAAUAAAUAAAUAAAAGUAAAUCCAUGAAAACUGUGAUCUAGAAUAUUUUUUUCAUCCUGAAGAUGUGAAAAGAAGAUUACACAAGUGUAUGAAGAUUAGUGUGUAUGUAAACAUGACAACACAUUUGCUGAUUUGUAGAAUAUUAAGACAUAAUGUGUAACACUUCAGAAUAAGGUUGUAAUUGUUAACAUAAGCGGCUAGGGCUGUUGUAACGCUAUGAAAUGCGUCGGGGAAGG